AUGAAUUCUACGUCUUCUCUUCUCUAUCUCAAUCUAUCUGCUAACUUGCUAAGAUCAUGUUCUAUAUUUCACUGGCUUUCUAAUUUCAUUGCCAAUCUUCGUACCCUUUACCUUGAGUAUAAUUUCCCGGAAGGUCCUAUUCCAGUUGAAUUUGGCAAAGUGAUAAACUCUCUUGAAUAUCUUAAUCUUACUGAUAACAAACUACAAGGUAAGGUUCCAUCUUCAUUUGGGAGCAUGUGCAAAUUACAGAGAUUAGAACUCUCAAAUAACAAGUUGAAUGGCAAAUUUCCGAGCUUCAUUCAAAAUUCUUCUUGGUACAGCAGACACAUAUUUCGGGAGUUGAAAUUAUCCUAUAACCAAAUUACUGGCGAGAUGCCUGAGAGCAUCGAACUGCUAUAUGAGCUGGAGGUUUUAUCAUCUUUCUAA